GGUAUGGAAUUAACAUUUCGUAAGCAAUAUGAUUCGAAAUUAUAACAGAAAGCAGAAAAAUAUUUGAAUUUUAUAGCUUGGGUUCUUCUUUUUUUUUUUGAUUACUUUCCUCGCGUAUUUAUAAGAUCGAAUCCAUUCGAUUUCUAAAAAGGAUUACUAAUUCUUAACUUUUCGAGAAAUUCUUCAUCAGCGGUGAAUGACCGAUUUUUCUCAAUCUUUUCGACCUCUUGGUUCCGUAGGAGCAAGUCAGAAAGAUUGAGAAAUAGAACCCUCUGAUUUGGUUCGUUCUCAAUAGCCAUGAGAUGAUCAUCUUAGGGUGAUCCUUUCUUGAAGGAAACAUUUACAGGGCGAAGAGGGAAACGGAAGCGAAUCGGUCUGAGAUUUCUUGUUAUUAAAUUGAUGACAGAUGAUCUUAAUCUUGGGUAAUAAUGGCGCCCUCCUUCACCUCAUGUUUCAUGCUUAUAUCUAUUUACAGGCUCAGGUAUCCCUCGGGGUGUCUGAUCCAUCAAAAUAUACAGCCCGAUGGGCCAGAUUAAGUCCGGCUCGGUAGCAUGAUCUGGUUUAUUUGUACUUCAGAUUUUGGUUAGAUAAUAAGAAGCGGUCCCCACCCUUCCCAAGUUCGUUUACCAUGUUAUUGCCUAAACGGCGUGGUAUAUUAGCUGUUGUAAACCCAAGGAAACGGGGGUCGUUUUGCUUCCCGGGCAUCGUUUUGCGACUAGUCUUUCCACCAGGCCACACUUACCCACCCCCUACUCUUUCUUGAGUAAUUAGUAAAGUUUCUUUGAGUUGACAGAACGAGAAAGAGAGAGUAAUGAACGACCUCUCAAAUGCGGUUGUGAGAGAGCGAAACAGAGAGAGCUGCAAGCCAAUUCCCGAAAUAGCAAUCUUCGUUCUUCUGUCUCUGUUCGUCAUUGGAUUCUCUGUUUCUCUGUUUAUACUAAUUGUGGUCCAUAACCCAAUCUUCUUUCUCUCUUUCCUUUUGCUCUCUGCUUUAGUCACAUCUUUCAUUGCUUGGAACAGACUUAAUUGGAAGUAUAAAGCUGCUAUUUUUCUCUUUCUUCGCUCUUUCCCCGACUCUGACCUUGCUUCUUCACGUCAUGGACAGCUUGUCAAGAUUACUGGGCUUGCAUCCUGCGGGAGUGUUCCCUUGGAGUCUUCCUAUGAAAGGGCUCCUAGAUGUAUAUAUUCAUCUACUCUUUUGUAUGAAUAUGGAGGAUUUGGACUGAAGGCAAAAGGCGCUAAUACAUCAUGCUUUCAGUGGAGUUUAACAUAUUGUGAGAGCUUUUCCACCGACUUCUACGUAACUGAUAGAAAGUCCGGUAUCAGAGCUAUUGUGAAAGCCGGUCCUGGUUGUAAAGUUGUUCCCCUGAUUGUUGAGAACAAACUUGUGACCACUGCAAGGCAGUGCAGGAUGCUAUCUCUACACUUGAGGAAAUGGUUGCAAGAGAGAAACCUCUCAGUUGAACCCCGUCUACUACGGUUGGAAGAAGGGUAUGUACAAGAAGGUAGCUUUGUGACAGUAAUUGGACAGCUGAUUAAAAAUAAUGACACUAUGACGAUUAUACAACCACAAGAACUUCUCUCUACAGGAUGUCUGUGGAAAAAGCUUCUUCUCCCAGUUGAUGUCGAUGGACUGGUGCUGGGGGUCUCUAAUAUGGCUGGCAACGUGAACCCAGAUUACAGGCAACAGGUAGUACAAUAAUGUCUAACCAAUAAGGAAGUAGCAAUAUGUGUAGGGCUUUAGAGAUGUUGGUGGAUUAAACUGUAACUUCUAGAAUUAUACUUGCCUAAUUUCAUGUUGCACUUGUAUCGGUGCAUUCAGUUUUGGUAUUAGUCCUUAUCAUAGCCCAUCUAAUAUUAUCAAUUGUAAGAAAGCUGUUUUUGGAUAGGCCAAUUUUCAGACUUCAUAUAUAAUUAGUAUUUCCCAAUCUUAGGGUUUGUGUC